UCCUUCAUCUUCAGAAAUCCGAUCUGGUGGAAACGCAGAUCCUCUCUGGAGCGUGGACUGAUGGUUGCAGUUAUUUCUGCAAUUUUUUUGUGCUUUACCUCAUCAAUUGGAAUUGGUAUUAUGAUAAUGAAAUUUGUCUCGCCCCGUGGAAAUAAUGAAUCCGCCAGUGUCUGCACAACUCCAGCUUGUGUUCACGCUGCUUCGAUGAUCUUGAAAAAUAUGGACAAAGAGGUGGAGCCGUGCGACGAUUUUUACAGAUUCGCGUGCGGUGAAUUUUUAAAAAAUUCCGUCGUACUCGAUAAUGAGAUCGAGAUCGGUACUUUUUUCGACAUGGAUAACCGAGUCCGACAGCAAUUAAAGAAGAUCAUCGAAGAAUCCAAUGCAACGGAGCCAAAAGCAUUGAGACUCGCCAAAAACUUGUACAAAUCCUGCAUGAAUGCCCCUGCAAUUGAAGAUCAGAAUUUCAAUCGACAGCUGCAUGACCUGAAGAGGCUUGGGGGAUGGCCAGUGAUGGAAGGGGACCAAUGGGACGACCAAUCCUUCGACUGGAUCCAAUCAAUCUCCAAAUCCCGUGACCUAGGGUAUUCUGUUGAUUAUUUAUUUAAACUAAAGAUCGACUGGGACUUGGUGAACAAUUCUAAAAGAGUCAUCUACCUGGACGAAGGAUCUGUGGAAUCUCCUUAUAUGGAUGAUUAUAACAAUUAUCUAGCUAAUAUUGCAAUAUAUUUUGGAGCUAAUUCAACAAUCGCAGAGGAACAAUCACGCGAAUGUAUCGACUUUAAAGAAGCGAUCUGGAAUGCAACUCUGUCGAGUGAAGAACGUGGUAACUAUUCAUUGAUCUACAACCCCAUGACGAUUGCUGAACUGUCCGAGUCUCACCCGAGCAUCCCCUGGAAGAGAUACUUUCGCGAGAUGCUUCCACCAUCCAUUCCCGUCGAAGACAACGAAAUCGUCAUCGUCAUGGCUCCCAGUUAUGUCAAGACUCUGGACAUCCUGAUGAACACGACAUCCAAGAGGGUGCAGGCCAACUACCUCAUGUGGAGAACAAUCGAGGAAUCGCUGAUAUAUCUACCUGAUUUCACCAGGAGCUUUUUCUACGGGGAGAUUUCCUGGAAAGAAGAAGAGAUGAAAUCCCGAUGGGAGAGGUGCCUCGAGGUGGUCUUGCAGAAACUUCCUGUUAGCCUCGGGGUUAUUUAUGUUCGAGGGAUAUUCCAUGAGGAAUCUAGGGGAAAUAUCAAGGAAAUCGUUGACAAUAUUCAGCAGAAGUUUCGUCUGAUUGUCCAGGAGGUCGACUGGGUGGACGAUGAAACCAGAAAAAAUGCUCUGUCCAAAAUCGAUGCUAUGAAAAUAAUAAUUGCUUAUCCAGAUGAGUUCCUAAAUGACAGCAAACUCGAAGAGUACUAUCUAAAUCUGGAAGUCAUUGAUCAUGAUUAUCUGACCGGGAUUUCAAAUAUCACGGCUUUCAACACCGGAAUAUCUUUGGGUAAAUGGAAAUAUCAUAACGACACCGAUUGGACGAACUACGGCACAGCCUCUGACGUCAAUGCUUGCUAUAAUCCCGAAAUUAAUCGUGCGUAUCUAGCAGCUGGCAUUCUCCAGGAUUUCUUGUUCAGUGAUGAUCGGCCAAAGUACAUGAAUUACGGCGCAAUCGGCAGCAUAAUCGGUCAUGAAAUAGCUCAUGGAUUCGAUGAUCAAGGGCGAAAAUUCGAUAGAUCGGGGAAUUUUGUUAAUUGGUGGACGCCUGCAGCAGAGAGUGAAUUUCUCGGAAGAACUCAGUGUCUCAUUGAUCAGUAUGGAAACUACACAGUGGGAGAAUCGAAAAUGAAAUUGAAUGGGGUGUACACGCAAGGGGAAAAUAUAGCAGACAACGUUGGCUUCAGGGUAGCUUAUUUGGCUUACAAGCAGUGGUCCAUCAAUGAACAGGAGAAAAUUCUCCCUGGAUUGUCUUACACUCCCCAACAAAUGGUUUGGAUUAGUCUAGCUAAUUGUUGGUGCACAGCCUAUCACCCUGAAUCGCUUGAGACGUACGUCAGCAGUGAUGAACACAGCCCUGGAGAGUUCCGAGUCCUGGGGGCACUCUCCAAUAUUCCGGAGUUUUCUGAAGAUUUUCAGUGUCCCCUCGGCUCCAAAAUGAAUCCAAAACACAAAUGUGUCCUGUGGUAAUUACUGUUUCUACUGGUGUUCCCGUGAAAUCCUCCGAUUUUUUUUUAAAUUGAAAUAAAAACAUGUGUCUAUUAUCUACAGAAAAUUAUCAAAAUAAUUUUCUCAUCAACAUUGAAUCGAAGUCAAUGGUGAUAAACAGUAUAAAUAAUAAUAAUAUAAAUAAUAAUUGUUAAUAAAUAAUUUAGAAAAUA